UUGUGGCAUGUUAAGUCAAAUGACGACGGCGCAUUUUUUUCGAAUUUGCAAUUGAAAUUAAAAAUUGAAACACAACUGCCACGCAAUGUGGGACGCCAAAGCCACGGAAAACGAACUGCGCGAACUGACCAGUGUGCAGCUGGGACCCGAAACGAAAGAAUACAAUUUACUUCGUGCGGACGAAGAGUAUCAGAAUGGCAACGUGACGCACUCGAUUUACCACCAGGUGCAAGCACUGUUUCAGUGCGCCGACUUGCGGUUUGUUACCGAGGCCCAGAACCUGGAAAAUCAACAGCCAAACACAACUGAGAUUUUAGCGGAAGCCAGCAGCCAAGAGAAAUUGGACUACAAAAACAACAAAUUUCUGCAAAACAUUUUGAAAUACCAUCAGAAACUGGAGCAGCGCAAGCCGAAGCAGAAGCCACCAAAACCGCUGGAGCAUCUUGAUUUUCUACAAGAUUUGCCGGAUGCGGAGUCGGGCUUUGCGCGCAUCUCACACAUAUGCCAGGAGUUGCCACGUGAGUGGUGCGUGCUGCAGCUGUGCAAGAGCUUUAAUCCGGCCACAACAUAUUCCACAUUCUGUGAAAUCGCCGCUGCCAAAGGCGACAUAUAUUUAUCCCUGCUGCUCCACUGUCGCAGUCCCCAAUUGCCGGCGACUUGUCUGCGCUUCAGCAGCGAUGCUUUGUCGGACCUGUUCAGGGAGUACGCCACGCUGGUGGAGCGGUUCAGACGCGUUGUCACCGUCGAUCCGGUGGCGGUGAAAACGCAGGAGGCCAAAGCCAAAUACUGGAAAGAACUGAAUGCCUUCGAGGCCUACCUGAAAAAACUGAUUUCGGAUCUCACCAGCAUUUUUACACCCUACUGCUCUCUGUUUCUGGGAAAGCGCUACGAUUGCGAUGCAGUGCAACAGCAAACCAAAGUGGUUUAUGCGCGCGUGGAUGAGUUGUGUGUGGAGCACAGUUGGAGUGAUCAUCAGCGGAUCUUGCUGUCGCAGGCGGCACUGCAUGCGAAUCGCUUGCCACAAUCCCAGAUGAAGCAGCUGGGCCAUGAGCUGGCCCACAACGACAAUGAGACUGAAGCGCUGCUCGUCUACGAGCUGCUCAAGAGCUGUGCCAACGAGUGGCAGCUGUUGGAGCAACGCCAAUCGGUGGCCAUGAAGCGUUACCCCCUCAUACUGGUGGUGGACGAGCGCCUGGAUCACCUGCACUGGGAGCAGCUGGCACCGAUGCAGGAGUGCACGCGAAUCAAAUCGCUGCACAACUUGUGGCGCCUGUUCAAGUGCCACAAGUCACAGAUUCAGCAUGGCUACUACACGGUCAACAUACGCAGCGGCAUCACGCUCGUCAAUCCCGAUGCCGAUCUGCAAAAAUCGGGGCGUAGAUGGCGCGGCUUCCUCGAGUAUUGGCUGACCCACUGGCCGCACAUGUUCGAAACGGUGCCCAGCGAGCAGUUUAUGCUCGAACAGGCCUUCAAAGCCGAUUGUUUUGUCUAUGCGGGUCACGGCUCGAGUCUGCAGUAUGUUUCUGGUCGUCUGAUUUACCGGAAUCGCAUCAAGGGCGUCGUCUUUCUAUUUGGCUGUGAUUCGACGCGAGUGCUAAGCAGUGGACUCUAUAGCGCUCUUUAUGGCGCACAGGACUAUUUUCAUGGUGCCCUGUGUCCCACUGUCGUGGGCACUCUGAUGCCCGCCCUCGAUGCCAACAUCGAUAAUGUGUCCGCCCAUCUGCUCAGUCAGUGGAUAACGCCUGCCAAUCCAAAGAUCAUACCCUGGACGCACAUUGAUCGCGUCGCCUGGCUCAGCCAGGGCAUUGUUCAAGCAGCACAGUCAGGCACCACUGAGACACUGGAUCAGCAACCGGACUACCAAAUGGGCAGCCUAAGCGCAAUUUUGGCCAAUCUGCAAAUGGGCAGAGUGGAGCCGAAAAUCUACAAUUGUUGCGUUUAUGUUUGUCGCGGUUUGCCCGCCUGGAAUCUGGCCGUGCAGAAAUUGCCCUUCUAGCGGAAAACUAGUCUAGAUUGGAUAUUGCAUUCACUUGUAAAAUCAUCAGCGAUUUUUCCUUUGCGAGUAUAAAGUGCAUAAAAUAUUCAAAGGUCAAACAACAUUUAGAAAAUCGCAUAAGAUAUCAAAUUACAUUCAGAUAGUUAAGUAAAAAUUGUGCCCAUAAACUU